AUGCCGUUGACAGUGCACGAGCUCUUCACGGUGCCGGUGCUGGAGGGUCCCCCCGAGCUCCCCGAGGGGUCCCCCCUCAAUCUCAGCUGCCUCAGCACCCCCAGCCCCCUGCGGCCCCGAGCCCCCCUCCUGUACCGCUUCUACCGGGACGGGCAGUUGGUGGGGGGCCCGCAGGGGUCCCCGCAGCUCCUGGUGCCCGCCGUGGGGGUCUCCCACUCGGGGAAUUACAGCUGCGAGGUGCGCUCCGAGGGGGGGGCCGUGCGGAAGAGCAGCGCCCGGCUCGGCGUCACGGUGCGCACGCCCGUGGCCAAUGCCACCAUCAGCCCCGGUCCCCCGGCACUGCAGGUGCGCCCAGGUGACCCCGUGACCCUGCGCUGCUCGGUGCAGGUGGGCUCAGCCCCUGUCACCUUCACCUGGCUGCGCGACGGGCGCGAGGUGGCCCGGGGUCCCCUCCUGGAGCUCGGGGCCGUCGAUGUGGGACAUUCGGGCACCUACCAGUGCGUGGCCACCAACCAGCUGGGACAGGACGGGCACCGCGUGUUCCGGGCACUCAGCCCAGAGCUGGCCCUGGAGGUGACACCGCCGGGAACCACUGGACACCGCUGGAGCACAGUGGCUGCAGGGGUCGUUGGGUCCCUGUUGUUCCUGGUCCUGCUCCUUGCGGCCUUUCGCUGGCGGAUCCCCUUGGGUGCCAGGAAGCGCCAGGACAGGGCCCCCCCCGUGCAGGAUCCUCAGGCGACCUACAUGGAGCUGCUGGGGCCGCGUGGGCAACCGUGGGAACCCAGUGACAUCUACGACAAUCUGCAGCAAAAGUUGUGACACUCUGGGAGGGGGGAGGGCCUGG